CGGCCAUGUUGAAAGUGGGAAGCGAGGAGCAUUUGCAGCAGGGAUGAGGGUGUAUUAAGGUAGUUGUGGGGGUUGCAGUGUGUCACAGUCCUUGCAGGGGGGAUUGGAGAUACCCUGGGAAGAGGCAACUCAUCCAAUUUGUGUGUCGGAGAGAGGAAGUGGCCAAACACCUAGACGAGGGGACCGCCACUCAAAAUACCCGAUAUCAUGGAGGAUGAAGAGAGACGCAAGAAGCUGGAGGUUGCAAGAGCCAAGCUUGCUCACUACCGACAACAAAAAGCAAAAGGUGACUGCUCGGAUUCGACGAAAAAGAAGAAGAAGAGGAAGAGCCAGGCUAUCCACCAGGAUGACCUUCCUUCGGAAGAGCACUCAUUAGCUGAACAGGAUGGGGCUAUCGUGGGACAGGAGGUUGAUGGUGAACUGUCAAACACAAGUACAGUGGAGGACCUCAUAGUUGAGGAGGAAGAAGUGAAUAACAGCGCAGAGUAUGCCCAAACAGAGCAACAGGUCUGCCGGUUAAGAAUAAUCGAGCUUGAAGAGCAGUUGCAAGGCAAAGAAAUAGCUUUGGAGCAUCUUGUCACUAAGGUGGAAGAUCUUCAGGACCAACUGACUACUUGCCAGGAGAGUGAGCAAAUACAACAGGAGUUAGAGAUGGCCGUACAGAAGAGGAAUGAUAUAAUUAGCCAGCUGACUGAUAACCUACAGCAGGUUAUUCGGAACAGAGAUGAGGUCCAACAGGAAGCUCUGGAGUUAACUGAUCAGAUUCAGUCUUUACAGCACCAAUUGCAACAGGCAAGUGAGAUCCUGAAAAACAAAAGCCCUGGAUUUAUAGAACUCCUUCAGGCCCAGCAACAAAUCUCUUUGUUCCAGCAGAACCUGAAAGACCAGAGUGAACGCAUGGAGACACUUGAACAACGAACACAUGAUCUAGAAGCCCAACUGGAAUAUUCCGAGCAAAAUGCAAAAGACAAAGACAGCUGUCUUACUCAGAUAGUUGAACAACAGAAAAUUACAGAAAAUACCAUGCUACAAUUAAAUCAGUGGAUAGAAGAAAAAGAUGAAGCCAUUAAAGAAUUAGAAGAAAAAUUGCACCAUAAAAACAUGACCAUAUCGCAGCUGCAGCAAGCACUCUCGUUUAGGAACCAAGAAAUUGCUGAAUUAAAUGGUAACGUUGAAAGUACCAUUGAACAAAGGGAGCAGCAGUCCUUGGAGGAGACUGGAGAACAAAAUGAUGGUGCUGAAAACAUACAGGAACAAUUUGGUUGGAAGGAUACUCCAUUGUAUGUAGAGCAGCUGAGGGUUGAUAUAGGGACGAUGCACAAUCAGGAACCUGCCCAAGUAAUGCUGGCUGAACAAACAAAGCAAGAAAUUGAUUUAAAUGUUGAGGUUGAUUUUUUACCAGGUCAGGUUCAAAACGAUUCUGGUCCUUAUGAACAAGUGCAAAUUUUAAAUGCAGCGAUAACUGAACUCAAAAAGAAGCUGCAAGAGUCCAAUCUUGAGCAAGAGAAACUUCACAAAAAAGUAGAAAAGCUGAAGGUGUCUCAACAGGAACAGGAGAAAUAUAGACAUUUGGUUCAGGAUCUGGAAGAACAGACUAAGCUGUGCAAAUCUGAAAAAGAACAUUUAAAUGAUGAAAUUCAGGAGCUCAAUGCUUUUUUGGCCCAAGAGAAGGAAGUCAGUAAGGAAAUGAGACUCCGGCAUGAGCACGAAGUCACAAACUACAGUAUCAAAUUGGAGAUGAUGGAGAGGGAGAAGGAUGAAGUGCUGAGCCGACUGGCUGAAUCUCAGGAAGUAGAGCUUGAACAACUUAAAACCAAAAUGCUGUUCGGUCAUGAAGCAGAAUUGUCCAAACUUAGGGAAGACCUUGAAAUGCAACACAAUCUACAAACUGAAGCACUUCGAAGGGAAUUGGAAUGUCUGAAAAAAAACUUGCGCAGUGAAGUACACCGAAAUGAUAUCAAUGAGGACUUGGAAGCAGUGGACAAAGAAAGAGUGAUUUUGACCAAGCAGUGUGCAGAGCUACUAAAACAGCUGCAACAAAAAGAGUUAGAGUUGGAAAAGUUGCAUGUGGAAGUGAAGAAUUCAUCCAGCCAAACACAGGAAGCUGUCCAGAAAUGGAAAGCUGUCACAGAGGAGCUAUCAUGCCUACGUUUAGAGUUGGAAAAAGAAAGUGCUGAACGUUGUGAAGAGCAAAUAAAGGAGCCGCUUCUUGAGAGCAAAGGAAAUGCUCUGGUGACUCAACCUGGACAGAUAAGCAUGGCUUCCACUCUGGCUAUUGCAAAGGAAAAAGUGAGAAAAGACAAAGAAGUUGACACAGAUAUGUUAAAGGGGAUGGUACAAGAUCUGAAAGAGGAGAAGCAGUUGUUGCUGGCACAGCUACGCGAACAGGAACAGCUAGUCAAAGAGGUUCAAGAACAAAAGCUUGCUGCAGAUUCAGUCACCAGUGAAGUUCAAGCCUUGUUUGGCCGCCAGCUCGCUGCAUUACAGAGCCAACGGGAUCAGCUGCAGGAUCAGCUUGAGGCCCAAAAAGCUAAAAGCCAAACAAUGUCGGAAGUCCUAGGGCAGAAAACCAUGCAGGAAUUGUCCCUGCACAAAGAGCUUGAAGAACUUAAAUCAGCGUUGAGAGAAAAUGAUGAGUGUGUGAAUCGACUAAGUGAAGAGAAAAUCAAGCUUGAAAAUAAAGUAUUGUCAAUUGCACAGGAUCUUUCUGAGAUUGAAGAAGUACUUAGUCGAAUCAAAGCUGAAAAUAAUUGCUUGAGGAAAGACAAUACAGAUUUGAUACAUCGACUCCAAGAUCUGGAUUGUACAAUGCAAUCUGAGAUUCUAGCCCUAGGCAGUGAGUUGAACGAAAAGGUUACUGAAUUACAGAAGCUAGAGGCAGUAAUGGAAGAACAAAAGGCUCAAUACCUUCAGAAACAUUCUGCUCUGAAGCUGGAGAUCAACAACCAAACAAAGGCUCAACAGCAACUAGAACAAAGUCACAAUGAAAAGGUUCAAGCUCUCCUGCAGCAACAGGAAGAGAGGCUUAGCCAUGCUGUGCAACAAGCUCGAGUAGAAGUGACCAGCCGUUAUGAGGAAGAACUGAGCAAAGUGGAAGAGUUGUACCAGUCUGAUAUGAUGAAUUUAAAAAUGCAACAUCAGAAGGAGUUGGAUGAAUUGAAUGCAGAAAUGAAGAAGACAUUUGACAUGCAACAGAAACAGGAGGAUGAACGGAGAAAACAAAUUGGAUUCAUUAAACGGGUUCAUGAAAGGGAGCAUGAUAGAGAGAUGAGUACACUGAUUACUAAACAUAAAGAGGAAGUGGAGCAACAGCGGGCAGAAUUGACCCAGGAGCAGCAGGAUCUUUUUAAUGAUGUCCAGACAGAGAUGGAGUCGGCACAUGAAGCAGAGAUAUACCAAAUUCGGCUUCAAAUGCAGAAGGAACACAAUCUGGAGUUGGAAUCCCUGCGCCUGAGCCUGAACAACAUGCACAGGGCUCAACUUGAGCUUAUGCAGUCUAACCUGCAGCGUGAGAAAGAGGAGUCUCUUGCUGAGCUGCAAGAGGCGCUGAAUGAUAAACGACGCCAGGAGGUGGCAGUGCUGCAGAACCGACAGCACUUUGAUUUGGAGUGCAUUAGGGAACAAAACCAGCAGCAGAUGGAGCAAUCUCUGGAGAAGCACCAGCAGGAAAUGGAGGAUUUAAGGAAGGCUUUGGAAGAAGAUGCUGCUCUUUUGAAGGCCACAGUGGAAGCAGAGGAAGCAAAGAAACUGCAAAACAGGCAAAAGGAGUGGGAGGAACAGUGCAGGCAGCGCAUUGAGAAGCAGGAACAGGCAAUGUCUGCACAGCAUCAAACCGAGCUGGAAGGAUGGGGCAGGAAGAUGGAGAAGCUACAGAAUGAACUUGAAGCAAUCCAUAAUGAAAUAGAAGAACGACAAGCAUUUGAGAAAAACGAGCGUCACAACUUGGAGAGCCUCCAUCAGUCCAAUUUGGCAAAACUUCAGGAACAGAUUCAAGUAGAAUUUCAACAGAAGCAGGAGCUGAUGAAGGAACUUGAUAAAAAAGAGAAGGACCAUUGUGCAGUGAUGGAGAAAUUGCAGGCGAGCUAUGAUGAAUUCAAAUUGCGUUCUGAGCAAGAGAUUGUCCACCUGUGGUCUCAGCUUGAGAGUUCGAGGACCAGUCGUGAAGAGCUUAGUGAAUUCAGGGAACAUUUGCUGGCUCGUACGUCUCGAGUUGAAGAUGUAGAACGUCUAAAACAGGAACUUGCUGCACAGCGGGAGCAAUUACAGAAGCAACAUCUUUGUGAGCUGGAACAACUAAAGAGUUACUUUGAAGGCAAACUGAAAGAUGUGCAAGAGAAAAACAGUGAGGAAGUUGCCCAACUUGAACAGCGUCUCCAGGAAGACAUGAGACUGCCUCUUGGCCUUGAAUCUGAGCUCAGUUUGAACCAGACUGUAGAACCAAGUUUGUCUUUGCUAUCAUUUUCUGAUCUCACUGAGAAGAAUUACUUCCAGCACCGGAUUCAGAUUGUAGAAGAGUUGGCUCAAAAGCUGGAGCAAUACAAGGAAGAAAUAAAAAUGCUUCAGCUGCAGCUAGAGAAAAAAUAUGAACAAGAGAUGGCCACCUCUUUGCUGCACAAAGAAGAGAUGCAGAAGUUUGAAAGAGAACUGUCACAGAGAUUUUUGGCAGAGAGUGACGAGCAGAAGGCAAAACACAGCCUAGAACUAGACCAGUUAAAAUAUCGACUCUCGGAGGAGCAUCUCAAAGAGAUUACCAAGUUGCGACUCCAUUGUGCACAGCAGACUGCCCAGGAGGUAGAGAUGGAGAUGAAAGAGCAUCUCCGAAGCUUGGAGGAGAUCAAGGUGACAAAACAGGCUGCAUUAGACUCUGAAAGAGAGAAAGUUGUUUGUCUGCAGGAAGAGAUUGAAUGUUUGAAGAGAGAUCAUGCCACAGCCAUAAUGGAGCUUACUGAACAGCUUAAAGAACGAAUCAAACUGGAAAUGAACCAGGAUAAAACCCAGUUACUGAAAGAAACAAAUCGCAAACUUCAGGCCAGUAGGGAAGCACUCGAGGCUAAAAUGCAGGAAUGUGCAAUUGAGAAAGAACAUGAGUUGAAGAUUUUAAGAGAGGAACUACAAGUCAGCCAUGAACAGACAAUUUCAGCUUUACGCAAGCAGCUCAUCAAUGAGUUUGGGGAAGAGAGACAAGCAUUAGAGCAGGAGUUUGACCAGAGAAAUGUAGAAAUGAAUCAGAUUCAAGAAGAACAGCGUGCCACAAUUUCUAAACUUGAGAUGCAGCUAAAGGAAGAAAAGAAACAGCUGCAGGAGAGCCUUGAGAAUGAACAGUUACCGGAAAUUGUAGUGAUGCACCAGAAAAUCGAGAGGCAAUUUGAACUUGCCAUGGCCAAACCUCUGAUGGCGGAGUUUGAGAAACCCCAAGUCAAUGUGCAGGAGAAAUCAGCUAUGAAACACCUGGAGGUACAGAAGAGGCUCAUGGAAGAGCACAGGCAGAUGAUGGACAAUUUUAUGUCUGAACAGGAAGUCCUUCUACAGGAGCUGAAGAGAAGACAUGCAGAGGAGCUAGAAAACCAAAGCAAACAUCUGAUGGAAAACUACCAGAAACAAGUCGAAAAUCUGAAAGCUGAGUUGCACGCUAAGCAUCAAGCUGAAAUAGAAGCUUUAGAGAAGGGGAAGUUGGCUACUCUGGAAGGCUUAGAACUGAAACACUCAGCAGAUCUAGAAGAUAUAACAUAUAAAUACCAAUCAGAGAUUCACAGGCUGCAGAAGGCAAUGAAAACCCAUGAGGAAGAUUUCGAGACAAUUAAGAGAGAGAGUGCUGAGAAACUAGCUAAGGAAGUAAAUCAGCUGAAAGCUGAUCAUGAAGUUGAGUUGAGUAAUGCACAGGAGACAAUCCGAAAGGAAUUAGCUGCCAUUCAUAUGGAAAAAUUUAAAGCCAUGGCUGCAGAACUGGAGGAAAUCCACAAGGUAGAUUUGGAGGCAGCUCUCGGCAACCAGAACGCUUUACUGGAACAGGAGCAUCAGAGGCGCCUUGAUGUGAUUCGAGAUGAGGUCCUUCGCCUUGAAGAUCAGCAUCAGCAGUCCCUCAAGGAGCUUCAGAUGUUGCAGUCUAUGGAGGCGGAGAAACAGAAAGAGGAGUACGCACGGAAGCUUAGUGAAGAACUGGAGAAGAUUCAAAUGCCCAAUCAAAAAGAGCAGGUUCAUACAGCUAAUUCAGAAAUUGAAAAUGUGCGACAGAUGCUGCAGAGUCAGUACGAAAUAGAGAAAUCACAACAACAACGGCAGUUCCAGGAGGAGUUUGAGCUUCUCAAGAAACAGUCUGAGCUCACUCUUGCUCAAGAAAUUAAACAGCUCAAGGAUGAGUUUGAAGUUGAGAAGAACAAUGCACUGCAGGAACUAAAAUAUACUGUUAGCCAGAAGCAAGAUAAAACAAAACAACUACACCAAGAAGAAAAGGUCCAGCAGCACACAGAGCUAACCAAACAGCUGCAGAAAGAGAUACAGGACAAGAAUUCUGAACUGGAGAUGCUACUGCAGCGUCGAGACCGAGAAAAUGAAGAAGGAGGCAAUCUGCUUGCCAUGCUGCGCUCGGAUCUUGAACAACUGACAGCUGAACGGAGAAACUUGGAGCAUUCCCAUGAGCGAGUGCUGAAGCUCUCUUCAGAGGUGGUAAGAGUCAUAUUUGCCUCAGAGGAUAUGAUCAGUCGGCAAAUAGGGCUCUGCCUGGAUAGAAACCAGCCAGCGUGCAUGCUGGAUCAUGAAGGAAGAGUGAACAAUUCAAGUUUUGUGGGAGCUGGAGGCCGGCCUCCAUGGGUGAAAGCUAAAGCCCUGCUGGAACAAGACAAAGGCGAUUUGAGCAUAACUCAGGAAAAUACUCCCCUCACUGAAGAUAGCAGCUUCUGGGCAACACUGACCGAUGAAGGAUUGGAACUUUCCCAGUGGUUAUCAGAAAGUAUGUUUGCUGGGCCUGAAGUGGGGCCUGAAAAUGAGGAACUGAUACUGAGUACAUGUGUCCGAUUACAGGUUGCUGUAGGCAGAUUGCUGGAGUUGGUCACUGAGUCAACGAGGCAACUGGCACAGAGCCAUGGAAUCAGUGAACAUUUGGAGGAAGAGUUCACACGCAAAAGCCAAGAGACUGUGGAGGUAGUUGGCAAACAAAACCAAAAGUUGAUAGAACACCUCAAUGAUGAAUCUGAAGCAAAGAAAAAGCUGGCAUUGGAACUUCACAAAGCUGAGGGAUUGAUUGAAGGGUAUGUCAGUGAGAAAGCUGUGCUAGAGGAAGCUUUGCAGCAGAAGGAAGAAUCCGAACAGCACUUGGCCCUAAAGGUGGAACUUUUAACCAAGCAGCUUCACGAACUCAACCAAGAGCACCAAUGUCUACUUGAGGAGCGUGAUUUGCUGCUACGCCAGAAACAAACCAUGGCUGGCAAUGAAGUAGAACGUGGCCUUCAUACUGAAGCAGUGAUCGAAGGGGAUUCAGGGUUACUGGAGGAGGCAGAGCGUCUGACCAAAGAAAAGUUGGACAUCCAGUGUCAGGCAGAUAAGGACCGUGCUGAUCUCCUUUCCCGGGCAAAGAGAAUGGAAGUGGAGCUUGAGGAGGAGACAAACCGCAAUAUUGAACUGAAGGACAAAUGGCACUUGGAGGUUACUGACAUGCAACAGCAGAUCCAAGCUCUUGAAAAGCAGCUUAAGAAUUAUCGACAGUUUAUGGAUGAACAAGCAGCUGAACGUGAACAUGAGCGAGAUGAGUUCCAGCAAGAGAUUGAAAAUCUGGAAACGCAGUUGAAACAAGGAUUAAAAUCACAAGGAGGUGGUGAUUAUACAGUAUCCAAGAACGAUUAUUUGAGUUUCCAGAUUGAAACUAUGGAGGCACAGAUCCAGUCAAAGACAGAUGAUUACAACGAGUUGCUGCUAACAAAGGAACACCUGGAGCAAGAUGUGCAAGAACAAAGUGAAGAAAUAGCAAAACUGAAAGUGCAGAUCAAAGACCUUGAGCAUAUAGUUUUAUCUAAUGCGGAUGUAGAAAAGCAGGUCCAUCAGCUUGAGCAAGAAAUGCAGAAGAUGAGGCGGAUAGAGGAAGAAUUAUCACAGGACAAGGAAUCUCUGCAGCAGCAGCAGUACAAUAACCUAAUGCAGAUCUCUGCUCUGCAGUCGAAGCUGGAUGAAGCUAGACAUAGAAUCCCCGUUGAAGGAUUUUCUGAUCAAACUUUAAAGGAGCAGUUACAGAAUGAGCGGCAAGCUCUCCAGACAAAGGAAGAUGAGAUCCAAAGCCUUGAAGAACAGCUUGAUCAAUUUCGAGAGAAUCUGAUGAAUCAAAACGAUGAGAUGCUUCAGCUGAAUAUGCAGUUGGAGAUCCAGACAAAGCAGUCAGCAAUGACGAUCAACCAGCUCCACGAAGAGAACAUCCGAGUGAAGCAGGAUGUAGCCAGUCUGCAUCUGCGUUUGGGUAUGGAUGCAGAUAGUGAUAGAGUGCCAGGAUUGCAGCUGCCUCAGGCUUUGCUGCAGGAGAAGAACCAGGAAAUCGAUGAACUAAAGGAGCAAAUCUUUAAACUGCAACAGGAAUUGGAAAACACUUCGGACAACAAGACUUUUGAAGCGAGGAACAGUGAAAUUGAAGAGCUGAAAGCACAGAUAGAACAACUUACAGUUGACCAGGAUAGGUUGCGUCAGGCAAAAGAGGAAGAAAUUGAGCAUCUCAUUGAGGUUAUAGAGAAAUUGCAGCAAGAACUGUCACUAUUGGGUCCAAAUCGCCAUGAAGUCAGUGAUUCUCAGGAAGACCUUGAAAUGUUAGGUUUGGAAAAAGAGUCCAGACAAAAUGCAGCACUUUCUCGGGGACUUAAUGACAAUCUGCAGCAGGAGUUGGCAUGUAUUGAAGUAGACAACAGGGCUGCUGGAGACUACAAAGAAACGAAUCAUAUCCGUUCAACAGGACUUCAGGAUCAGAUGGUGAUGAUGGUAUCUAAACAAGAUUCUCUCCAGUUCUUGGAUAAAAAAGAAGUGCAGUUCCAAGAAAAGAUUGAUGUUUUGCAAACUGAACUUCAAAACUUGCAGGAAGUUAAUCAGCAGGAGAUGGUAUCCCUUCGCCUACAGCACAAGACCCUUCAGGAGGACAACAGUUUGUUGAGGACUCUCAUAUCUCAACGGGAUGCUGAUGUAGCUCUUCUCUCAUCACGUGUCCAAGAACUGGAAGACGCUCAGACUGAAAAGGACAUGCUGCUACAAAUGAUUGAGAAGCAAAGGCAGGUGGAAUUAGAAGAAAUGGGAUGUUUACCAACAAAAAUAACAGAGCUUGAACAAAAACUGUUAGACAGGACAGCUCAAUUCCAAAAAAGUUGUGAUGAAAUACAGACCUUGCGCUCUGACAUUCAGGAGCGUAACUGUGUGCUUCAGACCUUGAAACAGAAGGAUGCAAAUCACCAAGAAGAACUUGAGAGUUUGCAGGGUGAGCUGGCCAAGUGGGAGGUAAUGGAUAAAAAGCUCAAAGAUCAUUUGAAGCAGCUUGAGAAAGAAAAGGAAGAAGUCCUGACUACUACAGAAAUAAAGGUGAAAGAUAUAUUGUUCCAGGAGCAGGAGAGACUGAAAGAGGUGGAUGCUACCUUGCAGCAAAAGGAGAUACUAAUCACGCAGCUAAGUGCAGAACGUGAGGGACUGCAGGCUGAGCUUUCUAAAGUUAAAGAGGAGCUGAACUCUAGCACAGAGCAGAUUGAAAAACUGCUGGAGGUUGAACAGGAAAAAGACCGCACCAUUGCUGACCUAGAGAUCCAUAUCCAUAACCUGAAAACUCAGGUGAACCAACUGCAAGAAGCCUUAAUGCAGCAAGAAGAGGAAUUAGCAAAUCGGGCAAAAGAAGUAGAAGAUUUGAGUGAAAAAUAUCAUAGGCAAGGAUUUGAAUUGCUGCGAUUGUCCAAUUUAGAAGCAGAUAGGCCACAAGUCAGUCCCUCAAAUUACAAAGAAACUUCACAGACCGUUAUUCAAGAUGAGUAUCAGCCAUUUGUCUACAAUCACACUACUAAUGAAAGCUUGUUGAGUUCUCCAGAGGUGAUGAGAAAGUAUGAGGAAAGUCUGGAAUGGAUGAAUGGACUGCACUUGAGCAGGAUUUCUGAAAUCAGUGGUGUGCACAGUGCUGAUGUAGAGACAAUGCAUAGCAGAUCACUUGGACUUGGGAAAGAUACAGAUGGAGAGGACCAGAGCAUUAACUCUGCAAAAGACAAACUGCAUGGGCGUUCUCCAGCCACAUCUGAUUAUGCACAUUCAUUCGCAAACUCCUCUGAUGCAGCGAAGGUGCAAAGUGAUGCAAAAGUAGAAGUAACACUGACAGCCUUACAGGAAGAUGUGGCAUCAACAGUGUCAAUCCCUGACUGGAUAAGCGAUGGUUGUGGCAGCAAUGCAAGUUUGGAUCUUGGAGCAAAACUAAAUCAGGAGCUUGAAACAACAGAACGACUGGACAAUAGUUUUAUGGAGUAUCUGCGACAUCGUGGAAUGGCAUUGGUUGAUGUGGACAGUCAUCCAAGGGAGCACAAACUGUCUGCGGAGGAAGUGUGUUCUCAACAGCUACAGGCACUACUGAAGAGAGUGCAUGAAGAAGGCUGUCAGGUAUUAGCGCUGUCAGAAAGGCCUUUUCUUCAUCCUGAAUCUGAACCUGUUUCUGUCUUGAGCAAAACUAUGGAAGAAUGGCAGCGAGAGAAAAAGGCACUGCUUGACACAAUUCAGCUAUUAAAGGACCUGCUUUCCAAAGCAACAGACAAGGAUGAUGAGGGUUCUGUAGGUAGAAGGACUGAUUGGAGAGGGGAGUUGCUACUGGCUGUGCAGGCAGUCUUCAACCAGGAACAAAAAUCUUUCCUGGCUGAAUUGCGUUCGUUCAUGCAGAGCCAGGCUACAGGAGGAGAGAACUCCCUACUCGCAACUUUUGAGCGCAUUCUUAAAGAUCAGGAAAAGCAGCAGCAAUCAGUCCUGGAAGACCUUUUAUCAGUGGACAGAAACAGCUUGUUGUCAGAGGUGCAGGACCUCCGUUCACAGCUCCGCAUUGCACACCUUCAACAUCAAGAGAAGCUGCAGCAAUUGCAGGAUACCCUCACCAGUGCAGAGGAGCUGGCUAAGAAGCAGGAGCGACCACUUCGGAGGCAAGUGGAGUUGCUGGAAUACAAGCUUCAGCAAGAACAGAUCGUAACAAACAAUUUACAAAACACCCUAAGAGCAGAGCAAGAACGAUCGACUAAACUCCGCCAACAAUUGCAAACUGAACAAACUUCAUUGUCAGAGGUGAAAUCGGACCUGUCUGAGGUAACAGAUGAACUGCAGGCUGCAUUACAGACUCGACAUGAACUACAGCAAAAUCUGCAAAAGCUAAGGGGAGAAUUGAACGCUAAAGAGAACGAACUGUUAACUGCAGCGAAGGCAUUUGAACUAGAACGGAAAAAUGUACAGCAGUUACAGAACAUGAUGGAGAAGGAACAGUUCCAUCAUAAAGAGCAGAAAGAACAAGAACGGCAGACUUGUCAGAAACUUCAGAAGGCUCUGGAGGAGCAACAUGCGCAAAAUCAUCAGUUGUCAGUUGCCUUUGAAGAACAGCGGGUGGCAAACAGUAGUAACCGCAAAGAAAUUGAAACCAAGUUAUUGAACAGUGAAUCAUUGCUGUCGCAGGAGCGCAAGAAACUGGCAGAGACUCAGGAUCUACUGAAAAUUGAGAGAAAUCACUUAUCAGAGUUGAGUGAUUCCUUGGAUCAUGAGCGUACGCGGUCAGAACAGCUGUACCAGCGUCUGAAUUCACGGCAUGAUGAAACUGCUACUCAGGAACGUGCCUUUACAAAAGAGUUGCAGAAUCAGCUCGAGGAUGAAAGAAAGAGGACUGUCGAACUUGCUACUAUGAUUGAGAAAACGCAACAUCAGGCUAUUACAGCAAAACGAAACUUUGAAGAUGAAAUCCAACUGUCCCGACAGGAAACUCAGAAAGAACGGGAAGUCAGCACCAAACUCAGAUCUUUGCUUGAAUCCGUUCAGGCUCAGGUACAGGAGCUCAACCGCUUGCUGGAGUCUGAAAGGCAGCAUAACCUUCGCCUGCAGACUGAGAGAGAGAGACUUCAAGCUAAUAUUCUAGCAGCCAAAGAAAAGGAGCGAAAUAAGGAUGAUCAGAGGGAUCGAGAGAGGAGACAGGAAAGGCGAGAGUUAGCUGACCACGAACAAGAAUAUGAAAUGGUGAAAGACAGAAUGCAUGAGUUAGAAUUACAGCACCAAAGAGAUCAACAGCAAAUAAGAGAACUUCAAAAGAUGCUUGCAGAUUUAGAGGAGCAGGAACGCAAAUUUUUGUCCCGCAAGAGGCAGCGAGGAGAACCUGAAAAUAUCGUGGUGAAAUGUAACCAGAGUGGUGUCACCCAUGGUAUGGAAGGUAAUGCAAUAAAUGUCCAGAAGCACUCAGAAAGCACACGGCAACAAUUCCUACAAUUGACUGUUCGGCUUAAAGAAUUGCUUCACAGAUCCAAACACAGGGGGCAGGAAGGUCACAUAAAAACUGAAGAUAAAAGAGAUCUGUUACAGGCCCUGAUUGAGUCAAACUACGAUUCACAGCAGUUUCUUUCCAGCACUCAGGAAAAACCAAUUGACCAUCCAGAUUUAGUUCUGAAUUUUGAAAGGGCAAAUUGGAUGAAGGAAAGAAACCAGUUACAGAAUUCCUUAAAAGACGCUGAAUCUGAAUUGGCUAGAGUGAUGGCAGAAAUUGAAAAUCGACCUCUGCAACAUGACCUUAUUGACCCCUCCAGCAUGAAGAUGCAGCGGCUUUAUGGCAAGUACCUCCGAGCUGAAAGCUUCAGGAAGGCUUUGGUGUACCAGAAGAAAUACCUGUUACUGCUUUUAGGAGGAUUCCAGGAAUGUGAGCAAGCAACCCUGUGUCUAAUUGCACGUAUGGGAGUAUACCCUUCCCCGACAGACCUCCACAUGCCCACCCGGCGUCCAUUAACAAAAUUUCGCUCUACGGUUAGAGUCGUCAUUGCAAUAUCCAGGCUGAAAUUCCUUGUGAAGAAAUGGCAGAAAGCAACAAGGAAAGGUCUGUACCCUGCACCCUCAGCAAAUGGUAUUGGAGGUGGCCAAGCUCAAACAAUCAAAACGGAGGUGCUUCGCCAGCAGCAACCGACAUCGACUCACAUUAUGAAUUCACCACCAACCAGGGACAGUGUAUCCACUCGAAGACUUAAUAGUUCAAUUCACCAAUCACCACAGUCCCCGUAUCGAUCACAGAUUAGAUCGCAUUUCUCACCUGGAGGAGGGCAGGACCAGUCAUGCCUCUCGAGCAAUCAAGACCCUGAACGCUCGCUCACUGAAUACAUCCAACGACUCGAGGCAAUCCAGCAAAGGCUUGGAGGAACAUCUCCAGGAACAGCUCGACGUAGAAGUAACCUGAAAUAAGGUCGAUCCAAUAUGAACACAAGAUUGCAAAAUUCCUGCUUUAUAACUUAAGCAUGUGGUUUAAAUAAAAGUGCAUAUGGAUAUUGAUCCGUCUUGCGAUCAAGGGCUAACUGUGUUUGGAGCUGCAUCUGCACACUUUAAAGUACAGGAGAAUCUUUUAUUUAAAAUAAACAGAUGUUUUCUGUAGUGUUCACUAAUAAAUGGGACAUUUCUGUGUCUACCUACACUGGAAAAUUCAUUAUUCAAUCAGGCUGGGUAGAUUUUAUAUUCACCAUUUGAUCGCUGUGGGGCAGGGUGUGAGUGUGUGCGUGCAUGUACUACUUGCUUUAUCUUCAGAAGAAUGAUAGUCAAUGACCUAGAUGUUUUUGUCUGUCUCCACCAGAUUUAAAUGCGUCCAGAGGCCUGUGUGCCACUGUCCACAUCUACUUGUAUCACAUAAGAUUUUAAAGAGGUUAUUUUUGUAAAUGUUGGCUUAUGUUCUUUGCAUAAAAUAAAGUUUACAUGGUAUGCUGUGAAAAUGCA